AUGUUUUGUCCAUGGGAGAACAUCACAUGCAACUGUUGCAACAAGACGAUCACCUCAACGACUCGAAUCACAUGCACGAUAUGUGAUAAUUUUGAUUUAUGUUUAGAGUGUUUUUCACAAGGGAAAGAGGUAGGUCGGCAUAAGAACGACCAUGGAUAUACCGUAGUCCCUACACUUCACUUUCCUUUGUUAACACCUGAUUGGGGAGCUGAUGAAGAAUUGAUGUUAUUAGAAGCUAUUGAAGAGAAAGGGUUAGACAAUUGGGUAGAAGUCCAAAACUUUGUGAAGACAAAAGCUGCGCGGGAGUGUCGCAGUCAUUACUUACAAUAUUAUUUAGAAACACCGACACAUCCACUUCCCGACAUGACUGACGCUUUUCUUGUCAAAAAUGGGAUCGUUGAGAUGAAGCCUGCUAAAGAGGUUAGAUUGAAAGAUGAAGAGUUCGACGCACGCCCUGAAAAGGAAAUAGCUUACUCACAACCCGUCUAUGAUGGCUUCGAAGCUCAAUUUAAUCCAUAUCGAAAAGAAUUCGGAUUCGAGUUCUUUAAUAACGCAGAGCUCUCAAUCACUGACGUCUCUUUCGGCCCAGAUGACACUCAAGAAAGUAGAGAAGCUACUUUUAAAAGACUCGAACAAUAUUAUAAGAUGUACAUCGAGCGAAUUCGCGUCAGAAAUUUGGCAAUCGAAAACGAACUCGUCGACCCUAAGAAACUCAGAGUCGCUGACAGAAAGAGAACUAAAGAGGAGAAAGAAGUUUUCGAAAACUACAGACACUUCUUACCUGUUUUGGGAAAGGAUGAUCUUGAAAAAUACAUCAAGGCGUCUGUCGAGGAAGGCAAAUUGAUUGGCAAACUCCGCAAAUUAAGACAAAAACGAAGGGAAGGGUGUUUGACAAUGGAAGAAACAAAAGAGAGGAGGAGAUCGACAACAAAAAUAUUUGAGUCAGAGACAAAAGCAGCAAUGAAAAAGCCGAUGAAACGCCCACACGCAUAA